AUGGGAGAAUCCGGCAAGGCCCAGCUGGGUUCUGUCGCGCUUAACGAUUCUUCCCCCAAAAAGGUCGCCUAUUUUUACGACUCGGAUAUCGGGAACUAUGCUUAUGUGACUGGUCACCCCAUGAAACCUCACCGCAUCCGUCUGGCACACAGCUUGAUCAUGCAAUAUAACCUGUACCAGAAAAUGGAGAUCUACCGCGCUAAGCCGGCAACCCGGGGCGAGAUGACCCAGUUCCAUACCGACGACUACAUCGAUUUCCUCCAAAAGGUCACACCCGACAACAUGGACAGUUACGUGCGUGAGCAGGGCAAGUACAACGUUGGGGACGAUUGUCCCGUCUUUGACGGAUUGUUUGAGUUUUGCGGGAUCAGCGCUGGCGGGAGCAUGGAAGGCGCUGCCCGGUUGAAUCGUCAAAAGUGCGACAUUGCCGUCAACUGGGCUGGCGGUUUACAUCACGCCAAGAAGUGCGAAGCCAGUGGUUUUUGUUAUGUAAACGAUAUUGUUUUGGGGAUCCUCGAGCUGCUCCGAUUCAUGAAACGCGUCUUGUACAUUGACAUUGAUGUUCACCAUGGCGAUGGGGUGGAAGAGGCCUUUUACACGACGGACCGCGUCAUGACCGUUUCCUUCCACAAGUACGGCGAAUAUUUUCCCGGAACUGGUGAACUACGAGACAUCGGUAUUGGACAGGGAAAGAACUACUCUGUAAACUUCCCCCUCCGCGACGGCAUCACGGACGAAUCCUACAAGUCCAUUUUCGAACCCGUCAUCGAGAACGUCAUGAAGUACUAUCAACCCGAGGCUGUCGUUUUGCAGUGUGGAGGUGACAGUUUAUCCGGCGAUCGCCUGGGCUGCUUCAACCUGAGCAUGGAUGGCCACGCCAACUGCGUGAGCUAUGUCAAGAGCUUCGGGCUUCCCACUCUAGUUUUGGGAGGCGGCGGCUACACCAUGAGAAACGUUGCGCGCACAUGGGCAUACGAGACGGGUGUUCUUGUUGGCCAAGAGAUGGAUCGCGUGCUGCCUUACAACGAAUACUACGAAUACUACGCUCCCGACUUUGAGCUGAACGUGCGAUCCUCCAACAUGGAGAACUCCAACAGCAGGGAGUACUUGGACAAGAUUACGGCGGCAGUCAUCGACAAUCUCCGCCAGACGGGACCUGCUCCGUCGGUUCAAAUGCAGGACGUUCCACGCAAGCCCUUUGGUGGCAUGACGGACGAGGAGGAGGCCGAGUUGGACGAUUUAGACGAAGACGAAAACAAAGAUGUCCGAAUGACGGAGCAUCGAUGGGACAAGCAAGUGGAGAAUGGAGCCGAGUUUGAACCCAGCGACGACGACGAGAUGGCAUGGGCCAACGGCGCCACCCGAAACGGCGGCAACAAGAAAAACUUGAGCGAUUUCAAAAAGGCCGAAGCGACGGAUCAAGACGCAGGCAAGUCGCCCAAGGAUAACCAGGACGAUGCUCAGCAAGAAACUGCUGAAGCCGAAGCACAUGAUGUCAACGAUGACACCAUUGAAGAGAUUGGUGUCACGGAAGAGCCACUAGAAAAGGUCGGUGCUGCUGAGCGCGGGGACGAGAAGGAAGGUCCGGCGCCGGGGAAGACGGACGCGGAUGGUGAUGUCGGCAUGACCGACACUGCUACUGCUGCCGCUGAGGAAGACGAAGGAAUAGAAGAAGAAGAAGAAGCUACGAUUAAAAAGGAAGAGGCCGAGCCUGGCGUGGUACCAGAUGCAGCCGGGGCAGCAGCAGAGAAGAGCGUGGAAGAGGAUUCUGCCUGCGAAGAUACCAAAAAGCCUGCCGAUGCGACGGAGCCCAAGGAAAGCAAAGCUGACGAGCCGUCUGCCAACAAAGAAGCAGAAACCGCGGCCAAGACAGGAGGAGAGCAGCAGGUGACGGAAGCCAUGGAAGUGGACCAGAAGGAAAAGGUUCAAGACAAGGCUGAGGAUGCAUCGUCCAAGUAG